AUGGCUCAUCUGACAAUCGUGACAAAAAGAUCAUCAAUGACACAAUGGCCAAUUCAGAGAAAUAUUUAUACAUUAGUACCACAAAUUAAUCCAAUGAAUAAAAUAAAUUCUCAAGAAACUCCACAUGUAUUAACAACACAUAAUACAAAUACACCACGGAUAUCACUAACAACGAAUCAUCAUAUACCUCAACAACAACAACAAACUACAACAUUUAAUGCAUUUGAUGAUAGUCUAACAAAUCUUUCAUGGUUACAUGAUAUAAAUAUAUUAAAACGAACUAUGCCAGCAAUAAAUUCCUCUUCUUCUUCAUCGUCUGUUGCUACAAAUAAUAAACGUAAAGAACGACCAUCAUCAUCUUGUAUAUCUUCAUCACCAUUAAAUAGUACAAUUUAUCCAAAUGAUAUAUCAGACAAUAAUGAAUUACCAAUAACACAUGAUGAUGAUAGUGAUGAACAAUGGCGUAUGUAUAAAACAAAUCCACAAGCAAAACCGGUCUAUUCAUAUUCUCAACUUAUAUUAUUGGCUAUGAAACAAUCAGGAUAUGAAAAAAUGACAUUACAAAUGAUAUAUGAAUGGGUUGCAGAAAAUUUUCCAUAUUUUAAAAAAAUGGAACCAACUUGGCAGAAUUCAAUUCGACAUAAUUUAUCAUUAAAUAAAUGUUUUAUCAAAGUUCCACGAACAAAAAAAGAAGCCGGAGGUGGCAAGGGUGGCUUUUGGAAAUUAUCACCUGAUUAUGAACGACAACGUUCAUUAGCUCAUACUCAACAACAACAACAAGAAUUAAAUUCUCCAUCAAAUAAACGUAAACGUCAUUCGAAACGAUCAACAUCAAAUCAAUUUCUAUCAAAUAAAAUUUCAUCCAAUUCAACUCGUAUAUCACAUGAAAAUAUAAAAACUGAAUCAUGGAUUGAUCCAAUACUUCCAUGUAUUGUUUCGAAAAGUCAAUCACCACUUCAUUGUCAUACAACAAUUGUUGAUCGUUCAUAUACUCGAAUGCCAAGUAGUUUUCUUUCUCCAACAUCAUCACCAGAUUCUUUAAUUGUUUCACCAUUUAAUCCUCAUCAUAUACAUGAUUUUUCAUCGAUAUUAACACCAUCACCAUCGAGUUCACCAUCAUCAGUUAUAUCAAAACAAAAUUUUCAUGGAACUAAAUUAGAUGAUACAGAUAUGCUUUUAUUAGAUACAUCAACAUUUGAUUGGGAUGCUUAUUUAUGUGAAACACCAAGUGAUAUUGAUGUUCAUCCAUUAUUAUCAACAAAAACUGAACAAGAUUUAUUUAAUGAUUUUAAUGCAGCAUUAACUGAUUUAACAUCAUCAGCUGAAGCAGCAGCAGCAGCUGGUGCUGAUACAAAUGCUUUUGAUGCAUUUGAUUAUCCAUCGAAACAUUCAACAUUCAAUUGUUUAUUUGAUGAUGAUGAUCAAUCUCAACAACAACAACAAAUUAUUGAACCUCCUAGUAAUCCAGAAUGUUUAACUGUAAAAGGUUGUAGUAUAAAACGACCAUCAUGGUGGAUUACAGAUGAAAGUGUAAUACCAACGAAAUUACCUUCAUUAGAAACAGCUUUUGAUCUUAAAUUAUCAAAAUAG